CAACGUCAAAAGUUUAUGAAUUUUAGUUUAAUAAUCGAUACACAAAAUAAUUAAUAAAUUAGAUUAUAUAAAUUAAAUACUAAAACAUUUAGACGCCUUAUAUAAAUAAACGUAAUCUGUAUUGGACAUUUAAAUUACUUAAAUACAUUAACUAAUAAAGCUUUAAAGCAUUGGAGGUGCUAAACUAAAAUGAACACGGACUCAGAAUGGAACUCAUAUACCAUAUAGUCAAUAUUUUUCGCAGACCGCAUGCUGAUCCCACUCAGCUUAUCCUCAGCUCAAGUCCUUGGCCCAUGCUAUUCAUAAUAUGUUCAUAUCUGUUAUUUGUGCUUAAGCUAGGUCGCAAGUUUAUGGACAAUCGGGAAGCCUUCAAGCUUCAAAGAGUGCUUCAAAUCUACAACUUCAUGCAGGUCCUCUAUAACAGCAUACUCUUACUUGGGGCAGUUUAUUAUCUAAUCAUAUUUAGGCCUCACAAUCUAAGCUGCCUAACAGUAAUGGCAUCAGAUAACCCCUUGAAAAACACCGAUCGCCUGCUAUCAUAUGCAUAUUAUAUCAACAAGUUUAUCGAUUUGCUAGACACUGUUUUCAUUGUACUCAGAAAGAAUUACAAACAGAUCACGGCUCUGCAUUUACUUCAUCAUCUAUAUAUGCCAAUUUCUGGAUAUUUUAUAAUAAGAUUCAAUGGGUUCGGUGGUCACAUUAUUGUCACAGGAAUCCUCAAUCUAUUCGUCCACAUCAUCAUGUAUAGCUACUAUUACUUUGCAUCACAGCGACCGAAUAUCAAGCGUAAUCUCUGGUGGAAGCAGUACAUUACAAUCCUUCAGAUGGUUCAGUUUGUCAUCAUCUUUGUGCAUUGCAUUUGGACAUUGAGUCAACCGAAAUGUGAGGUCUCCCGAUUUCUCAUCUACAUGGUGAUCUUUAUGUCAGUAAUCAUGUUCAUUAUGUUUACCAACUUUUUCAUACACGCCUAUGUGUCGCCUAAAAACCAUACAAUUACUGAAAAGCAAAAAAAAAUUUAAAACGAUUAUGUGUACUCUCAAUUGUAAAGGAAAUUCUUGUCCGCCAAAUAUUAUCAAAAUAUGUGUAAUAUCAAUUUUUAUUUACAAAUAGCAA